AUGGGUGACAUAUUUUCUCCAAUUCAAGUACAGAUAGAGAAGAUCGAGGACGAAGUCGAAAGACUCUACAGAAUGGUAAGAAGAAUGGUGAGGCAGCAUGCCAAGAUCAGCCGGUUUUUGAUGUUGCAAGAGAGGGUGCUGACAAGAAGGGUACGCGACCAACAAAGUGGAGAGGAGCUCUAG